AGGGCAGUGUAGGCAUAUCCUCCCCGUUUACACAAAAGCUCACGCAGGCAAUCUUCCUAGCCAAAACCACGAAGGGAGCCACCAGCACCGUAGUACCGUACUCGCAAUUUUCCGACACAGUUGCAUAUGACGCAGGAAAGUCGGCCAGAUUUUGGCAGUAAGCAGUAUCAGUCGUGUUCACGCACGUCAGAAAUUUACGAGUAUGAUAGCAGCCCGGCCAAACCCGGCCGGAGCAAUCACGAUGCUAACACUUGAUAACCAUGAACAUGAUCUCUCAGCCUCAAAUCGCAGCGCUCUUCUUGCGAACAAAGACAUGGGUAAAGCGCAGGCUCCCACCCCACCCCACUCCACACCCCGAUACUGACACACACUAGGAACCACAGAAUGUUCCAUUCAGUGUGGUGGCUCAAUCGAUCAAUCGAAUGUGACCCCGGCAGUUCUUCCUCAGCAGCAGCAGCAGCAGAAGCACGCAAGGAGAGGGAAACAUGACGUUGAAACCCACAUCUUAUUCUUUCAUUCGAGUUCUUUUUACCUUAUGGCAACAGGUCAUGCUAUCGUACCAAAUCAGUCACCGAAGGUAAAGGUCUGUCUGUGCAUAUUCUUUCAGGAAAAUGCGCUUGAAAGAAAACAGGGAAGUGAGCUGUCAUCACUAAAUUCAAAGCCCCAACCAUCCACCGUAAGUCACAAGCAGAUUGCAGAUGACGGGGGGAAAGCAGUUUGCCCACUUGGACCAAAUUCACGAGUUCCGAUAAACUAUUUUAGCCCGCUUCUGUCCUUUGUUUUUCCCACAAAGUGCUUGCAGUAGGAUUUGUAAAGAGCGGAGAGGGGAGAAAAAAUUACCUCCACUAGGUCUAUUAUAGGGCGAGAAGCGUUGAUAGUUCAGGUCGGCUUUGCACAAGUAUCAAGACAGCGUACAUAAUUUUGUUAAGUUAUGAUAACUGACCACCCCACGCUUGAUACCGCAAGUUGCAUAGCGGUUAUUUGAGAUUCGCUAGCGAAAUAUAUCGCUGUCUAUUCCGGUUGAUGGGUCCUACCUUUGUCUUGUACGAGUACUGUCCUCGUGCAUGGCGGAAAAGGUCGGAAAACUUGUUGUGACGGGGUGGGGAUUAUGUUGGUCGAUCGAUGAUCUUCGUGGAAAGAAACAAAGACCGUGUUGUAGAAGGUAGAAACCGAUACAAGUUGCAUUGGUAUUUAACUUUCUCUAGGAGUGCAAACCGAAGAUUCAGAAGAACAUCUCAGGCUAAACCGCUACGGGACUGAUCUGUGCCGAGCCCAAUUUCAUAAUUCUUACCUUGUGCUGUCUCCCUAU